AUGGCAGCUAACGGGCCCAAAGGCCUCUUUGCCAAAGAGCAGCACCUGCCCGCCGUACAAGCCACGCCAGACCUGCACCUCAAGGCCAUCUACUCGCGGUCUCUCAAAUCAGCCCAAGACCUCGCCACCGGCACAUCCGCCUCAGCCGUCGAUCUCUACUCUGAGGAUUCCGGGUCCGGCAAGUCCUACGCAGACCUGCUCGCUCGCGCAGACAUCGAAGCCGUCAUCAUCGGUCGCAGCCUCCCGAUCCUCGCCCAGCCGGAAUUCAUCCAGAAAGCCGUGUUAGCAGGCAAACAUGUCCUGUCCGAAAAGCCCAUUGCCAAGGACGUCGCGACAGCCCAGGAGCUGCUGCGCUGGUACCAGGCCAAUGUCGACCCUGUCAAGACCCUCUGGGCUGUCGGUGAAAACUGGCGCUACAUGACGAAACUGAUUUUUGCGGCGGAGCAGGUGCGCAGCCUGGGCGCUGUUCGGAAUUUCAGGGUGAAUGUGCAUAGUCUGGUUAAGCCGGAUAACAAGUACUUCUGUAGGUCGAUGGGCCGUGCCAUGACCCUUCCCCAAAAAUACUAUGUAGUCUACUCUACUGACGCUCGGACUACAGUGACAUCCUGGCGCAAGACCCCGGCCUAUCAAGGCGGGUUCUUGCUCGAUGGCGGCGUGCACAUGGUCGCUGCGCUGCGUCUGAUCCUAGGAUUCGACCCCAUCACGACUGUCUCCGCGCAGUCGCAGCAACUUCAGGAGUACCUCCCGCCCGUCGACACAGUGGACGCGGUGGUGAAAACCCAAUCCGGGGCGACGGGCGUCGUGUCUCUGUCUUGGGGAUCGUCGUUCAGCGACAACGUCUUCGAGUUUGCCUGUGAGAAGGGGGUGGUGCUGGUGCAUUUUGAUGGGGUUACGGUUAACGGCGUCGACCAUCCUAUCGAGUUUGAUGGGAAAGGUGUUGGCCCUGAAGUUGCAGAGUUCGCCCGCACCAUUGUCCAUGGUCGCCCGGUUGAGAAGCGACAGUCUCCCGGGGAGGCAUUGGCGGAUCUGGAGGUGUUGGAGGGAAUGCUGCGCAGUGGGGAACAGAAUGGCGAGAGGAUAUCAAUCGCGUGCACCGCGCGCUUCAACCGUCACCAGUCUGACCGGUUCAAGUGCGUGCCGUCGGCAUGGCGCAAGCCCAAGGGUAUUGACAAUGCUGUCCGCCGCCGCUUCAAGGGCCAGAUUGCCAUGCCCUCCAUCGGCUACGGCAGCAACAAGAAGACCCGCCACCUCAUGCCCUCGGGCCACAAGGCCUUCCUCGUCCACAACCCCAAGGAUGUCGAGCUCCUCCUGAUGCACAACCGCACCUACGCUGCCGAGAUCGGCCACGCCGUCUCCUCCCGCAAGCGCGUCGACAUCAUUGCCAAGGCCAAGGCUCUCGGCGUCAAGGUCACCAACUCCAAGGGCCGUGUCACCACCGAGGCAUAA